CAUCAGAAGUCACAAUAUUGAAUAUUGCAGAAUUGACUUUGCUCCACUCCACAUGAGGGCAGUCCUGAUAAACCAGCGUUAUCAAGUGUGAAAGUUAUCUGGGACAUUUUAUUAGUUGUAGUAAUAGUGAUGUAUGAACUACUGACUGAUUUUAGUAGUCAGGAAAUGCUAUGUUAAAAAAAUCAAUUUCCCUUUGGGAUUAAAGUAUUUUUGAAUUUGAAUUGAAUAUUAGAAACCAACAUGUUAUAAUUUACUAAUUUCUAAAUAAUUUGAACUGAUAGUAAUUAACUUGUGGAAAAUUGCCACUUGGUUUUAUGUGGGAAUGGGAUCAUUUUUGUCGAAUCCCAUCCCAUUUUCAGUUCGAGAUCGCCUAGAGCAUAAAGUUAUUUACGUUCAGCAGAAUACAAACCGGAAGUUGGGUCAAUGUUCUCAAAAGUUUUGUUUUCGUGAUUUAGUUUGUGGCUCACGUUAUUCAAUAUUGAAAUGUUUUGAUAUUUAAACAAACCCCAUCCUGCAUGCGCGCAUUUUGAUGUAAAGUAAACUUUGUUUGCAAAGAAUAUAACAAGUUAUAGGAUGAUGCACUUUAUUUUGAAAGUAUCAACCGGAACUGUAAUGUCCCGUUGGCUCAGUCGACGGCCCGCGGAGACUAACCAGUCAGACGGCUUCCUUGCUUCUCAGCGCUGCUGCCAGGUCUAUCCUGUCAACAACACUGCAACCAGAGACGGGAUAGACGGUCGUAAACCUGCUAACUUAGCCUCUCUGCUAACGUAUGUACUAACUAAUUGUCACAACUCGUAAUUAUCGUGCUAAGUUAGCUGGAUACGGCGUUUAAAGUUGUUUCGACGAGAGACGAAGAAACCCCGAUUUGGCCGUUGGGUUUCUUCAACUCAUCCGUCUUGGGUGCUAUGUCGUGGCUUGGUUUCAACAGAAGCUCUACAGCAUAUGGUUGACGCCUCUUCGGGAUGGCCGCUCAGGUGGAAGUUCAAACCGGGGAUGUAGCAGGUGGACGACCUCACCUGAGUCCCCUGACUGACUCCAGUAACAAGAGUCUCAUUGAGAUCCCUUCUAUUAGCGAAUCACACUUUAUGUCAUCAGAAUCUGACAAACCUGUCACAAAUCCUAAACCAAGGUUCACUCCCAAACCAUUUGUUGUAGAUAAAAAUCCCACUAUUAAGCCCAUAUUGGCCCCGAAACCCAGAACCAAACCCCGACCUGAAUCCACUCGUCUCGCUGGAUUCAAACCAGAUCUGCCAAAUACGCCAAAACCAACACCAAGACAAGCGUUGACACACCCUAACCGUCCUGCCCCUACCAUCUAUAAAACAUCUAAUAAAUUGAACACUGGACAAACAAACAAGCCAGUAGUCCAGCCUUUUAAAGCUGCCCCCUCUUUUGACCUUGUGGACAUCAGUAAACCCACUCGACCUGUGCCAUCUCAGAGGCAUAAACCUGCUGCAUUAAGCUUAGCCGACUCUAAGGGCCUUAAAACACUUCCAGCAGCCGAAUGGUCUGGAACCACUACAAAGGAAAAUGACAGUCGGCAGAACAGACAGAACAAAGAAGGACCAUCUAUUACAAGAGCCAAGUCCACAGGUUUUCUUGCUGAAGCUGUGCAGGAAGAAGAAAAUCAAAAAGUCAAAACUCAGCUUGAAGUAUCUGCUCUACUGCGACCCCAGUCCAGAGGCUCCAGACCCAGACCUGUAUCCGCCAUUUUCCCUGGCACCCCCACCAAGACAGAGAUGCCUGUUCCUUCUCCUCAGUGGACCGGCAGACGACCACUUUCAGCUGAUCUCACAUCCAAAUUUGAGUCUGUUGGACUGUCUCUGCAUCGUAAAAGUCCUAUGGCAAGUUCUAAAGAGAACACUCCCACAGAAAAGAAACCACCACUGAAGACAGAGCAGGAUAAAAGCUCACAAAGCUUUGAUGGUUUAACUAAUCUAGCUGCUCUUGACAAAAACGACAAAAGGGCAGAAGAAUCCAUAGUAAAAAACUCAGAGGAGGAAAAGCACAUGGGUAGCAUCAAGUCACGAAUAAGUCUAUUUCUUGACUCAUCGCCCUCUCUGGGGACGGGAACCACAGGACAAGACACCUGCUAUGCAGUACAGCCAGUUCCCGAAACGGAACCAGCAGUGGGUGUUAAAAAGCUCAUUAAGCAACUGACUGAGGAUGUAUCGCCCACUCAGAGUCCUGUCGUAAAACCAGUUGUGAAACCCCGUCCCUUGCCUCUUGACCUUACCAAAAGGUUUUCUUCUGAGACGUCACCAGACUUAGUUUCAGGCAUUGAAGACCUCCAAGAAAUCAGCAAAGAUCCCCAGAGAGGGGCUGAAGAGUCAGCUCUCACUCCUAAUGACCAGAUGUUUUUGGAUUUGAGAAUUUCUUCAGAUCUACUCAAAAAGGCUUCCACACCGGAAUGUUCUGAGACGGGACUGCGAUGGGCCACCUUCAAGGAAGAUGGUGCUGAUGGUGAAGUACAUGCAGUGAGAGCCUCCUUGUUUGAAAAUGUUGUUGAGAGGCAGAGUGUGUUAGUGAUGGACCAAGAUGAAUCUGCAAAUACAACCAGGGGUUCACUCAACAACAUUUUGUUAAAUAAAGAAGAUUCAGAGGAUGAGGGAACUCUGGUCACUGCCACCUACAAGGAACCUAUAUCCCCAUCAAGUCCUUUCCAGGUGUUUCAUGCCUUUGAUACAUUGCAGGCAGUUGAAGAAAACAAGGCAGUGGUUGAGAGUGUCCCAACAGCCAAAUGGGAAGAUAAGGCAAUGACGCUUCACACCAGACGCUCAGAGGUGAGCAGGUCGACAGUGGAGAGGUCUGAUCCAGCACAAGUACAGCCGAAAUCAGAACAGCAACCACGAUACCUCAGAAUAGGAGCUUUAAAAAAAUGGACCACUACAUCUUUUGACCAAGAGACAGGUGUUGAUAAAGGGAUGCUGAAUGAUUCAGAUGGGGAAAGACAAGUAGCUUUGGAUAAUGAUGGUCUAAAAGCGGCAGACCAGGAUGAAAUGGCCGCAGCCCCUAAACGGCCGAAGAUGCUGCAGGCAGAGGAGCAAUCAAAACCCAGAGCUACUUAUUUUGCUUUGACUGGUCAAAUGCAGGAGUCUGGUUCUGUUAGAAGUGGAGGAACAAUCUUUGGAGACAUGAGUUCACUCUCAGAUGAUGUCUCUGUGAGGUCUGCUUUGGGCGGCUCACAAGGAAAAACUUUCCCAGUUAGAAGGAAUCAGUCAGUAAAAGAAACUUUUGGAAGCCCCACUCAGUCCCACAAUACUUUGGAUGAACUGAUGCAGAGGAGCCAUGCCUUACCCAUGGAGAUCAGGUCACAGACAGAAGAAAAAACCAAGGAAGAAAUAAUUGAAGCUGAAAAAAAGAGGGAACUAACAAAGGAGGCAGAGAGACACCGGGCUAAAAUGAGAGAGCUCGAAAAAGAAAAAAGAAAACUCCUGGAAAUGGAGAAACAUCAAAUGGAGUGGGAGAUGCAAAGAGAAUUUGAAAGGCAAAGACAGAACGAUUUUGAAAAGGAGAAACAAGAACUUGAGGAGAAACUGCGUGGUUUGGAAAAACUUAAACAAAUCGAGCUUGAAAAACAAAAGCGACAAGAAUUAGAAAAGAAAAAAAAAGAAAUUGAGAAGGAGAGACAACAGCAACUUCUGAAAGACAAACAGCAAGAACUGGAGAGGAGAGAGCAAGAAAGGGAGAGAGAACGUGAAAAGGAGAAGCAAAGACAAAAGGAAUAUGAGAGGCAGAGACAAUUGGACAAAGAAAGACAAAUCGUGGACAUGGAGAGGCAGCAGGUUUUAGAGUUUCAAAAACAGAAGCAGGAGAAGGACAGGCAGCAACUGGAGUCGGAAAAGCAGAGACUUAAAGAGAAGACCGAAGCAAAAAGUUUAAGACAGAUGGCGUUAGACCAAGAAAUGUUGAGAAUAAAAGAGCUUGAAAAAGAGAGGGAGAUACAGCGUCAGGUUGAGAUGGAGAAACAGAGACAAAGAGAUUUAGAAAAGGAGAAAGAACGACAAAAAGAGGAGGAGAAACAGAGACAAGAAAGGGAAAACAAGAUAAAGGAGAUGGAAAGAAUUAAAGCAAUAGAGAGGCAGCAGGUUUUAGAGUUUCAAAAACAGAAGCAGAAAGAAAAGGAGAGGCAGCAACUUGUUGAGCUGGAGAAACUGAGACUUAAAGAAAAAGAAGCAGAAAGAUUAAGACAGAUGGCAUUGGAGCAAGAACGUUUCAGGAUAAAAGAGCUUGAAAAAGAGAAAGCCAGGCAAACAGAGUUGGAGGUGGAGCAUCGGAUGGCUAUCGAGAGGGAAAAGCAAAGAGACCUAGACAUACAGAGGCAGAGAGAUUUAGAGAGAGAGCACCAGAGACAGUUGGACAUUGAGAGACAGCAAUUAGAAACUGAGAAACAGAGACGAGAACAGGAGAAGGAAAGGAAAAGGAAGGAGGAUUUAGAGAGUCUCAAAGAAAUGGAGAGAAGGCAGCUCUUGGAGUUUGAGAAGCUAAAACAAGCAAACCCGUUAGAGCUUGAGAAACAAAGACUGGAGGAAAAAAUGGAAAAAGAAGAAGUAGAUAAAAUCAGACAAGUUGCCAAACAGCAAGAAGCAGAAAGACAGCGAUUAAAAGAGAAGCAGAAAGAAGAGGAGCAGGAGAGAAUCAGGUUGGUGUCAUCGGCUAUGAGGCCCAAAGUUCUUGAUCUGGACUCGGUGCUCAGAAGUGACCAACCUUCUUCUCCACGCUGUGACCCUUCCACACGCUGGAGGGAGCCCUACAAACCUGUCAUUCUUGACAUUGAUUCCUUUACAUCUCAGACUCAAGCCUCCCCGAGCAAAGAUUUGUUUCCUGUGUCUGGUAUUCGGAGUCCUGAUGCAGAAUCGAGAGGUAGAUUACAGCCCACACCUGAAAAAGAUGUUAACUGGCAGAUACCAUUGCAUGCUUCAGUGGGUUUCUCAGCUCCAGUAUGGACCACAUCUCUCCAGGAUCCUUGGGAGCUACGACCUGUUGAGACAGCAGUAGUAAAACCCGUGGCUGAACCCAACAAACCUGCCAGCAGGCUCACUCCAGAACAGGUUGUCUCUAAGCAGGAGGAACGGCUCCAAACUUUACAGAGGCUUCGGCCCGUUUUACCAGAUGAGCCUCCCGUUUUGGCCCCUUCACCAGGGAUUAUUCCAGAGACUGGAAACUCUCCCCAUGAAGUCUCCACCAGCACUUCAGGAGAGCAGAUCUGGAUCCCAAGAGAGCUUCAGCCUCCACAAAACAGCAGAGAGACGGUGGCAAGUCACAGGAAGUCUCAUGGAUCCCAGGAGUUGAAUAGGUUUCGGUCUAGGAGCAUGGUGAGACGGUCCGCUCCUUCAAGCAGUGCUGUGGAUGCAAGUCUCCCCAGAAUGAGGAGUCGUAGUGCCCACAGAGGGGAGGAUUGUUCCAGCUUGGUGCAGCAGAAGCAGAGUAGUGAAGACAAAGGGAAAAGCCCUGAAACACCUUUUCAUGACACCGACAGUCAGUACGGGACCUGGGAGACGGGACUACGCUCUGAUGACAGCCUGACACCUGCUACUCCUAGUUCAGAAAGCAAUUUGAGUCUCUCCUCAAGAAGGCCUGCACCACACUCACCUGCUCAUCUGUCCUCGGACACUCUAGACGGUGCCCCUGUCUUACCCUCAUCUGAGAGCCAGCCCCUCCCUUUCCCUGAUGCUCCGAUAGCUUUGUUAGACAACAGCGUUCUUCGCUCUAGAGCCCAGCUUGGGAAGAAACGAGCCCCGAGGACACGGCCGUCCAAGGCGAGCCAUCUGAAUUCAGCACAAAUCCAGGAGGAGGGAGGAAACACAGAGGACUGGCUGUACAGAGACUCAACUGAGCCAAAGGCACAGUUUAAAGACUUGGAGCCUGAGGAGAAGAUCAGAGGAGCUGAUCCUGGACCUGCUGUUGUCUCACAGCCACAGAGAGUUGCCCUGUUUCCUGGUGUGGAUCCUUCAGCUUUAAAGGCCCAGCUGAAGAAGAGGAGCGACUCUGAAACAGAUGGACCUAUUCCCUCUCCUUCCCAACCCUCUCGCUCCCCUAAGUCCCCGUUCCUCCCGCGGGCUGCGCGUGUUCUGCCCCCACCUGGUGUGAAAGAGAACAGCGAGGAGGACUCACCACAGUGGUUAAAAGAGCUCAAAUCUAAGAAACGCUUGAGUCAGUAUGAGAGUGAAACCUAAGUGAACAAUGAGGUUGCCUUAACAGAUGAAUCUGUGUGAAAUAGAAGCCUUAAUGAUUGACCCAGACAUUAGAAGAAAGUGGAUUUACAGCUGCUGAUUACACACAUAUAUACAUGCAUAUAUACAUGCAUAUAUAUAUAUAUAUAUAAAUAAAUAUAUAUAUAUUUUUUUUUCAUUGAAUUUUUUUCUAGUGUGUUUUUUUUUUUCUGGGUUGACAAUUGUGCAUGGUGCCUUUUUUCCCUAACGAAGAGUCUCUGACCUGGAGAAUAAAAAUACAAAAGCAAGGACACACUCUCCUCAUGCUUGCUGUACUCCAUUUCACCUGUGGAGGCUCUGGUGCACCUGAAGGGACUUUACACGGACUCUAAGGUGGAGAAACUAGGAAAUCUGAGAUAAAAGGAAUUAAAUUUCAUGGAAUUCCUCGCGGGCCACGCUUCAGGAGACGUUUACCAUGUGGGACCACGAUGCCUCGUUUUUUUUGUUUCCAUGGACGUGCUUCCUCGCAGGCCGGAGAACAGUCCACCCAAGAUGUUACAUGGUGUGUGUUGUCUGUGGCAUCUGAUCAGUCACACAGGUAUUGCCAUAAGAAGACAUUUCAGACACUAAUUAGUUCUUGAAUCUAGAGAACAAAUCACAUCUGGCUUUGAUGGUCUGUGGGAACAUGUUAAUAAAUAUAGUAAGAUGUUAUAUUUGUACCGCUGGUUUAACAGAGAGCUAGUUUUGAUGUUGGAAAACCGUAGGAUGCAUCACGGCACUAGAGGCUCCUCAGCCUCCCUCCCUUUGAGACACUCCACGGCCGAAUGGUGUUACAGUAGUGGCGUACUGUAAAAUACUUUUGUCAUAUUAUGUAUUUUGUUCCUUAUGAAUGAGGGACGGAGGCUUUUGGGCUAGUGGCUUUGCAUCUGUCAAUCAUGCACAAAACAAAUCUGCACAAACACACUUGUCUUCCCUCUGUGUAAUAGACAAGAAAGCUACAAGAUUCUGAUAAAAGCCAUACUGUCUUUUAGUUGCUUUCGCCUCCUCAGUCAUGUUUGGCAUCAUCAUCCUAACUAAGGAACCCCUACCCUAAUAUUGGCGCUGCAUGCACAAUCGUUCCUGUCACAUCAAGCUCCCCUCUGGCUGGUGGGCUCAGAGCAGCGGUGUUGGCUCACACUACUCCAAGGAGUUCUUUAUUUUUUUUAGCUCUAAAUAAAUGUGAACAUGUUGACCUCCUUUAGAGCUCGAGCACCUCCUCUUGUCUGCCACCCCCCCCCCCCCCCUCUCUCUCUCUCGCUCACUCACUCACUCACACACUCACUCAUACACUCACCCACCCACACUUCUACAAAGCACUUUGUCACUUGAUGCACUACAACACAGACCUCUGCCCCCUCUCGUUGGCCAUGUUUUUCAUUUGAGCGGCUCGCUCGUGUGAUGCAAGCAAAGUGAAUGUGUUGAUGGAGCCUCUGGAGUGAUUGUCCCCAGUUUCAGCGUGUAUGAAGUUGUUUUUUGGGUCAUAGAAUUUGAGGGUUUGUAUUUUAUGUCUAUCUUUGUUUUUUUUGUUUUUUUGUUUGUUUUUUUAUUUGAAAGUAAAAACGUGUAUUGCACUGUGUUGUACUGGCCAGUGUCCUAAAGUGUAUAAAUUCUUAAUAAAAGAAACCACUUGUCUUGAA